UACAUAAGCUAUUCUUUGUUUUAUAAACAAAUAAGAAAUUGAAUAAAAAUAUUAAGUACAAAACUAAUAUACACUAUUUUUAUUAAGCAUAUAUUAUACAAGAAAAAAAAAAUUAGUUAAGUGGCACCUCUGUAUUUUGUUUUUUCCGUCUUACAAAAAUUAUCAAAACUCCAUUCCAAAAAGAGCGCACGGCAAACCUCAAACUGUUCACUUUUUAGCAAAACGCUCUAUUUUGAUUAUCUCAGUUGAGUGUUUGCAUAAAAUAUAUUUCCAUGACGGGUAGGAGAAAGCGUGGACGCCCACGUCGGGGCGAAGGACCAGCACUUGACGAUCUUGAUGUUAUGCUAGCACGAGAAUUCCAACAACGACCGGCCUUCUAUGACCGCACUCAUCCUCAAUAUAGAAAUAGAGAUUACCUUGAAGGCAUGUGGAUGGAUAUGGCAGAGAGUGUGGGCCAAAACGUUGGAGUUGUAAAAAAUCGUAUGGUUCAGUUGCGAAAUCGUUAUAAUUUGGAAAAACGUCGAGUUGAGAUGUUGCAAGACCAAUACAACGAUCCAAGUAUUACAUCGCAGUGGCCAAUGUACAAUUAUUUAACAUAUUUAGGUGAUCAUAUAAAACAACGUAGGUCAUUUACAAAAGAAGUUAUUGUAAGACCGAAAUCAGCGCCGUUCUCGAAUUCAAGACCUGUGCGCUUUGCAUAUUGCAGUGAUUCUGAUGGCUGUGAUGAACCUAAUCCAUACCCGCCAUGUCCCCCAGUUGCUGCCACCGUACAAGAGAGGCAAUUGAUAAGGGACUUAUCAAACAAUAUAAGCCAGUCAAAUAGCAAUGCCAACUACCAUAGCGCUCAACCACCUACCCCUGAUAGAGAAGAAGAUCGGAAUUCUAAUCCCAAUUCAAACUUUUGUAAAUUUAGAGCAUUUGGGCAAUUUUUAGCUUCAUCUUUGAUAGAAAUGAAUCAACGGGACGCAUUGCAUUUGGUGGAGAAGUUCACCAGCGAUUUGGUAAAAUCUUUACUACUUGAGACGCAUAAUAAAUCGUCCGUUGGUCAAGUGGAGGCUGUUGUAAAUGGACAUAACUAAAGAAAAAAAAAUUAUAUUAUGCUUAUACGCAUGUUUGUAAGUGGGUACUGUUUAUAUGUAAACAUUUGGAUUAAUUUUAUUCACAUAUGUCCUGGAGUUAGGUUAGGUGCCUAGAUUUAAACGAAUAUCUUUAUAAUUUGUUGCGUGUAAAAAAUGCAUGUCAUUUAAAAAAAACAAAAUAAAUAAAUAAAUAAAUAUUACAUGGAAAUAAACGUCCGUAGCAGGAUGCAAUAAUCUUUCAUACAUAUAUGUAAGUACUAUGUAAAUUCUAGCUUUCGCCGUUCCUUAAAAUGGAGUUAUUAAAAUUUUGCUCCUAUCUUAAUAUUGUUACACUUUGA